CAAUAAAAUUUUAUUCAUCAAACAGACCAAUCUUCACUUUCUUCGUCGCGAUUGUGAUUCAGUCGAAAAUAAAGUGUGCCAUGGAGGUAAAAAACGUUGUUUCAAUUAUUUUUUGUUUCUUUUUUGUUCGGAUUAUCGCAGAAUAUGCUGAGGCAGAAUUGGAAGAUGAAGGUGAUGGAAUAUGGGCACCGCUUCUGGUGAAAUGGGCUACUAGGAAAUGCGAAGCCGGAAGUCACAGACAAAGUAGAGUAAUGCUGAUACCAAUAUCACCGAACUCUUUCGUUGCCGAAGAUAGAUUAACUAAUAUAACACCACCAGCAGAGAGUAAAGUGAUACCAGGAAAAAUUGUCAACUCGCCAUACACUCCUCUGAAACCUGUAAAAAUCAUUAAUAACAAUAUACAACAUAAUAGCCAUAUACAACAGCCUACAGCUCCACCAAGAGUGAAACCGACUAUUACAGGACAGAGACAAGUUUCUGAAACUGAUCUAUAUUUAUUAGGAGCCAUAGAAAAGUUGGUUUAUAAGGUCGAUUUUAUGGAGAAGAGGUUGAGACGAGUUGAGGAAAUGCUUUAUUAUAGUAUGGCUGGUAAUAGGAUAGAUACAGAGCCGCCUUGCCGGACAAACUAUACAAAAGUUGGACACGAUUGUUAUCAUUUCAAUAGUGCAACAGGCAGAGAACUUGAUUGGAAAGCAGCUAGUAAAUAUUGUAAGAAGAUCGGUGGAUUUCUAGCUGAAAUGGAGAGUAUUGAAGAUAAUCAAGACUUGGUUACCUUUAUUCAAGCAACACAACAUUUAAGAGGCAGAGACUUUUGGGUUGGUGGCCUGAAUCCAGGUCUUCUCUGGAUAUGGAGCAACAGUGCACGACCAGUGGCAGCACCUGGAUCUCAUACCAACAAAGACAAUCCUUCGUCGGCUAUUCAAGGAGAAGGCCGCUGUUUGAGGCUAGCCUACAACACAGCACUUCGUUCAUACAGCUACAAAGGAACAGAUUGCUCGAUCAGGUAUAACUUUAUUUGUGAACUGCCCGAAAACACUUCCAGUAAUGAAAUUAAGAGGUUGGGAAGAAGUAGGAAUAUAUUAAGCGAGGAACUGAGCAAAAAUUAAGAGAAGAAACAUUGGUAUUAAAGACUGAAGAACAUGAGAUAAUAUCUACAUAUAUAUGUUUAUA